GCAGAUGGGUUUGACUCCGUGUUUAAUGCGGUUUGGUGAAGAUGCCUCAUUAUUUCAACAGUCUCAGAAGUGAAACAUUAUUGUCUGUAAGUCUUGUUUGGAGAAACUGCAAAAGAAGUUCAACGACUCUGAGAGCAAAGAAAUGAACAACUGCAUCUUCAGUAAUGAAUCAUAACUAAUGUGUGUGAUAUAAACGUUCUCUAAAGCAAAAGAUAUUUGCAUUUUUGCAUCCAUGGAUCCAGGUUACUUAAACUAUACCCAGUGAUGUUGGUCUGCCAACUUAUCCCACUGAACGCUUUUUAGUUUUCUUGCAAGCAACGCUGUGAAAAGCCAGUGGAAAUGUCACAUGCAUCUAAGUCCCCAGAAAGCCUUGUUGCGUCGCAGGUCGAUCACCUCUCCAGUCUGAAGGCUUUGACUGAGAAGCUGAAGCUGGAGACCAGAAAGCCGUCUUACCUGGACUGGAGAGCGCAGCUGGAAGCGAUGCUUGCCCAGAGCCACAGAGACUCAGAGCCGCCAGGGGCCCCCAGUGACACAGAGAAACAGAGAACAUCAGGCCCUGUCAAGUGGACGAAGCCGUCACUGGCCGUUAGUGUGGUCCAUGAAGGGAGGCAGUCGUUAGGAAACACACUUGGAUUUGGAAGUAUAGACCAAGCGCUGGAGUGGCUCAGGAAAGAGCUGGCAGAGAUGCGUUUGCAGGACCAGCAGCUCGCGCGUCAGCUAAUGCGCCUGCGCAGUGACAUCAACAGCCUGAGAAUCGUGCAGACGUGUAACCAACACCGCAGAAUGCUGAACGACGCCACGUUUGAGCUGGAGGAGCGGGACGAUAUGUCUGACCUGUGUGACGUCCCCAUGUCUCCUGGAUUAGGCCUCUCAGAGUCGCUCAAGGUCAUCGGGGUCACCAAGAUGAACAUCAACUCUCGCCGGUUCUCCCUGUGCUAACACAGCACACAGUUUUAUCUUACAUGAAUGAUUGUGAGUGUUUUAAUACAGGGGUCUCCAACCUUUUUUACACCAUGGACCGGUUACGUUUGGAAAAUAUUCUCGCGGACCAGUAGGUCUAUAGUAUUAUAAUAGCAUUAUAUAGUGGU